CUGCUGAACCGAAUGGCCUCCGAAGAUCGCCACCUGGGCUCCAGUUGCGGCUCCUUUAUCAAGACGGAGCCAUCCAGCCCAUCCUCGGGCAUUGAUGCCCUCAGCCACCACAGUCCCAGCGGCUCCUCGGACGCCAGCGGUGGCUUUGGCAUGGCCCUGGGCACCCACACCAACGGUCUAGACUCGCCGCCUAUGUUCACAGGUGCGGGGCUGGGGGGCACUCCGUGCCGCAAGAGCUACGAGGACUGUGCUAGUGGUAUGGUGGACGACAUCAAGUGCGAGUACAUGAUUAAUGCCAUCCCGAAGCGUCUGUGCCUCGUGUGCGGGGACAUUGCCUCUGGCUACCACUAUGGUGUGGCCUCCUGCGAGGCUUGCAAGGCGUUCUUCAAGAGAACCAUCCAAGGAAACAUCGAAUACAGCUGUCCAGCCACCAACGAGUGUGAGAUCACCAAACGGAGGCGCAAGUCCUGUCAGGCCUGCCGUUUCAUGAAAUGCCUCAAAGUGGGGAUGCUGAAGGAAGGUGUGCGCCUUGACCGAGUGCGUGGAGGCCGCCAGAAGUACAAGCGACGGCUGGACUCGGAGAACAGCCCCUACCUGAGCUUACAGAUUUCCCCACCUGCUAAAAAACCAAUGACUAAGAUCGUCUCCUAUCUACUGGUGGCUGAACCAGACAAGUUGUAUGCCAUGCCUCCCCCUGGUAUGCCGGAGGGGGAUAUCAAGGCCCUGACCACUCUCUGUGACUUGGCAGAUCGGGAACUUGUGGUCAUCAUUGGCUGGGCCAAACACAUCCCUGGCUUCUUAAAUCUGUCGCUUGGGGACCAGAUGAGCCUGCUGCAGAGUGCCUGGAUGGAGAUCCUCAUCCUGGGCAUUGUGUACCGCUCACUGCCCUAUGAUGAUAAGCUGGUGUAUGCGGAGGACUACAUCAUGGAUGAGGAGCACUCUCGCCUGGCAGGGCUGCUGGAGCUUUACCGAGCCAUCCUGCAGCUGGUACGAAGGUACAAGAGGCUCAAGGUAGAGAAGGAGGAAAUUGUGACGCUUAAGGCCCUGGCUCUAGCCAACUCAGAUGCCAUGUACUUUGAGGACCUAGAGGCUGUGCAGAAGCUGCAGGACCUGCUGCACGAGGCGCUGCAGGACUACGAGCUGAGCCAGCGCCACGAGGAGCCACGGAGGACGGGCAAGCUGCUGCUGACACUGCCCCUGCUGCGGCAGACAGCGGCCAAAGCGGUGCAGCAUUUCUAUAGUGUGAAACUGCAGGGCAAGGUGCCCAUGCACAAACUCUUCCUGGAGAUGCUGGAAGCCAAGGUGUGA